AUGAGUUUCUUUGGUGGAUCAAAACUAGGCACUACUUCAUCCACCUCUUUUGGUACUUCAACUUCCACACCAGCUUUUACCUUUGGAACUGCCACCUCAGGCACAACCAAUAAACCAUUAUUUGGCGCCACGACGACUGCACAGCCGUCUUUGUUUGGCGCUUCGACAACAACACCCACUUUUGCACAAUCUGGAGGAUUAUUUGGCUCGAAACCCGGAUCAACAACUUCUUCAACAAGUCUGUUGUCAUCCGGGACGAAAUCCGUUGGUUUAUCAGGUACUUCAACUGCAUCAACUGUACAAGCUUCACAAAUUUCAACAGUACAAGAUUUAAUACAGAACUCAGAAUACCUCAUUCGAUCUUUGACAUCACCAGAUCUUUUUGGCGAUGAAAGAGAUGGAAUUAUUGCGAAAUUAAAUCAGCUUUUAUCUGCAUGCGGAAUUGGUAAUGGGUAUUAUAAAGGUGAUCAGCAACCCAUUUCUUACACUGCAGAAAACCCUUUCUAUCAGUUUAAAGCGAUUGGUUAUAGUAGAAGAAGUGAUUAUUGUGAUAGCGAUGGUAUUGUAGCUCUGACUCUAGGAAUCAAUUAUGAGCAGCUUUCAACAGUUACUCAGCGGCAGAAAUUCAUAGAUUCGAUGAAUCUUAUACUAGGCAAUAAUACAAAUGUCCGAGCACAUAUCGAACUUAUUCGUCCACUUCCCGAUAAUCAAACUGAAGUUUUGCUAUAUGUAACAGAGAAGGGCAAAGGCAGAUCAAGUAGUAAAGAAUUGUGUGCUUUCUUGAAACAACCUACACAAGAUGCGCAACUAAAGAAUCAGCUUUGCGUUGUAAAUGUUCUUUCGCGUACGGUUGUAGAUGAUGCGAAGAAGCAUGCUUUCAUUAAAAAUCCUCCAGCGGGAUUCGAUUCACAAAUUUGGCAACAAGCUGUUCGAGAAAAUCCGGAUCCUGAUAAAUUGCUUCCUUACCCAAUCCGAGGCUUUGAGCAGUUACGUAAAAGACAAGAAUUGCAGACAGCAGAAAUACGUCUUGAAGAGCGUGUUAUUGAGGAACUGAAGCAAAGACUUGUUCAAAUCAAUAGUAAAUUAAUAGCAGGACAAAACCAGUGUUCGUAUCAGCGGCAAAGACAUAAAGAAUUAUCGCAUCGCUUGUUACGUUGUUUAGCAAUGCAGUCUCUUCUUCAACAUUAUACAAUUAGCAUAGAUAGCGUCGAAGAGAAACUCGAAACGCGUCUUGAAGCAUUGAAUGCAUCUCUUAUAGCACCGGAUCAAAUCAAGAGUCGAAUUAAUGAUUUGUUAACUAUUUUACGAAGCGAAGCAGAAACUUUGAAAGCAGCAGAUGGGACAAGGCUAAAAUUCACUGAAAGUGAUGUGGCACAAAUUAAAAGAUACUUAUCUCGAGCUCAGGAGGCGUUGGAAAGAGUUAUUGAUGUAGUACGUGAAAGUACUGAAGAUCUCGAUAUUAUAGAAAAACAUCUAAAAUGAUAUCCUAC